AUGAACUAUUCGCUUGGUAAAACUUCAGUAUUUGUGAUAGCAGCUGAUUUCAACAAUGAUUCAAAUAUGGACCUAGCCGUAGCUGUCUGGUGUGCCAAUGUCGUUAGUGUGCUGCUCGGCUACGGAAAUGGUAAUUUUCAUACUGCAAUUAACUACAUGGUUGGUAGAGUCCCAUCAUCUGACUUUAAUAAUGACGAAAAUUUGCAUUUGAGAGUGACCAAUGGUAGUGCAAACACGGUCAGUGUUCUACUUGGAGAUGGAAAUGGUAUAUUUCAAAGUCCAAUGCAGUAUUCAACUGGUAGGAAACCAUAUUAUGUGAUGGCAGCUGAUUUUAACAAUGAUAAAAAAGCAGGAUCUGGUAAUUGCAAAUUAUUGGGACGAUGCUGUGAGUGUGCUCCUUGGUAA